AUGGGCUCCAAGUCGCGCUCGGGCUUCUACUUGGGCAAAAAGACCGCGAGGCUGCUGGCGCUGCUGCUGCUGGCGCUGCUCUUGGCGCUCCUCGUGCUGGGCAUCCUCUACGGACGCUGCGUGCGGCAGCUGGAGGACGAAAAGGCGCGGACAGAGGCGCCCACUCCGACACCUCCCGCCAGCGCCUCGCCUCCAGGGCGGCCGCCAGGACCCUGGGACCACCCGCGCCUUCCCUCUCACGUGGAGCCUUUGCACUACUCGCUGCUGCUGUGGCCCCACAUGGCGCCCGGGCUGCCCGAGCCCCGCACGCACUCGGGGCAGGUGAACAUCACGGUGCGCUGCCGCCAGGACACGCCCACGGUGCUUUGGCACAGCGCCGCGCUCACCUAUCAGAGCGCCGUCGUCGUGGGACCCCUCGACCAGCCGCAGGGCGCCGGCGCCAACCGCAGCCUGGCCCGCAGCAGCAACAGCAGCAGCGUCCCAGUGGCCGAGCUGUGGGAAGCGACGCUGAACCAGUACGCGGUGCUGGAGCUGCGCGAAAACCUGAGCGCCGGCGCCCUCUAUGAGCUGCAGCUCGCCUUCCAAGGAUCCAUCCAGGGGGGGCCACGUUUCAGCGGGCUCUUCCUUAGCACUUAUGAGGACGAAGGCGAGAAGAGAACACUGAUUGCAUCACAGCUACAACCAAUAGAUGCAAGGACUGUUUAUCCAUGCUUUGAUGAGCCUGCCAUGAAAGCUACCUUUAACAUCAGUAUUGUUCACCAUCCAAGUUAUGUAGCACUUUCCAACAUGCCUGCUAUAGAUGUAUCUGAGUAUAAAGAUGUGAAUGAGAGCACACUAAGUGUAUUGCAUAAUUGGACUAUACCAAAGAAUUGGACUAUUACCACUUUUGAAACAACACCGAAAAUGUCCUCAUAUCUCACUGUUUUUGUGGUCUGCAACUUUGAUUACGUUACCACAACUGAGAGGGGCAAUGAGAUACGCAUUUGGUCUCAGAAGGACAAUAUUAGAAAUGGGUUUGCUGAUUAUGCCUUAAAUAUCACUGGAAGAAUAUUUUCAUAUAUGGAAGACUUACUUAAUAUCAGUUACUCACUUUCCAAAACAGAUCUGAUUGCAUUGCCUAAUUUGGGAGCAGGUGCUAUGGAAAACUGGGGAUUAAUGACUUUCCAGGAAAAUUCCUUGUUAUAUCGCCCGCAAGAUAAAUUCACAGACAGGAAAAUUGAUAUUCGUCAAGUUGUUUCCCAUGAGAUAGGACACCAGUGGUUUGGAAACCUGGUUACAAUGGAUUGGUGGAACGACUUAUGGCUUAAUGAGGGAUUUGCAUCUUAUUUUGAAUAUCUUGGUGCAAACUAUAUUGAAACUAGAGAAUCAAUGGACAAAGUCUUUAUUAGUAAUGUUUUAUUACCUACACUGGAUAUUGAUGAUGGUAAAAUACCACAGUCCUUAUCAGUCAUAAAAGAAAAAGCAGAAACUGAUAGAUUUACAGGCGCAUUUGAUAUGCUCACAUACCAUAAGGGGGCUUCCAUAGUCCGGAUGCUUUGCAGCUUUGUGACGGAAAAACUGUUUACCAAAGCACUCAAUUCGUAUCUGAAUGCAUUUUCCUUUUUGACUGCUGUCCAGGAUGAUCUGUGGCAUCAUGUUCAGAAGGUAGUAGACAAGCAACACGAUGUCCAACUGCCAGCACCAGUAAAAGUGAUAAUGGACACUUGGACCUGUCAAUAUGGCUUCCCAGUCCUAACAGUAAAUCUAUCCACUGGAAAUAUCAAGCAGGAACAAUUUUAUGAUACAAGAAACAACAUAACAAAAACUUCCAAUAACACAUGGAUCGUUCCUAUUUCUUGGAUGAGAAAUGCAACCGUACAACCUUUAAUAUGGCUUGAUAAAAGAAGCAAAAUAUUUCCUGAAAUGAAAAUAUCAAAUUCAGAACAUGACUGGAUUAUUUUAAAUGUGAAUGUGACUGGUUACUAUAGAAUUAAUUAUGACCAAUUACACUGGAGAAGAUUGGCCAAAGUGCUUGAAAGUGACCCAAAGGUGAUUCCUGCUGUCAACAGGCUCCAGUUGAUUGUGGAUGCUUUUGAACUGAGACGGUCUGGUUACACAGAGUAUGAUACACCAAUGCUAUUAACCAAGUACCUUGAAAAAGAAGAUGAUAACUCAGUGUGGAAUGUAGUUCUGACCGAACUAAAUGCUUCCUAUUGGAGAUUUAUUCUGAGUGAUUAUGAGUUAUAUCCAGUUUUAAAGAAAUACUUCUUACCGCGAAUUUCAACAAUAUACCGCUAUUAUGCAGAUCUCCUUCGUCAGGACUCCUUUGAAAUAUUUGCAGUUGAGUACACUGUUAAAGCAAGUAUAGACAGAAUCCUUCGAACAGCAUGUUGGUUUGGUCUCCAAGACUGUUUAGACCUAGCAUCUGAAAUCUUUGCCAAGUGGAUGGACAACCCCAAUUAUGAGGUUCCUUUUUGUAUUAGUGAUGCCAUUUGUUGCUAUGCUAUUCAAGUGGGUAGUGAAAAAGAAUGGGACUUUGCAUGGAAAAUGUACAAUCUUAAUGAUUCCAGAACUGAAGACAAAUAUGCAAUAUUUACUGCCCUAAGCUGCACCCGUGAGCCAUGGCUACUUCGAAGAUUUUUGCAGUAUUUUCUCAAUGAUUCUAUAAGUGCAUCAGCUUUUAUAACUAUAUCAGAAGUAAUUGAAGAAGUGGCAAAAACGGAAGUUGGCCAUUGGAUAGCUUGGAUAUUUGUAAGAGACAAUUGGUCAAGUUUAUAUGAUAGGUUUGGGGUUGACCCAUUAAAUGCUUUGAUCACUACCAUCCGUACAGAUCUAGAGGUCCAAAUGAUACAGCCUUUACUUAACAAUACUCUUGAACCACAUCAAAUAUUAGCUACUAAUGAUAGACUGAUGGCAGUACAAUCUAGACAUGAAGAAAAGAAAGAAUCCCUCAUCCAAAUGAUCAAGUGGUUAAGGAAAAAUAUAGAUGUUUGACAUCUGCGAACUCUUCAAAGUGUGUGUGUGUGUAUUUAGUAGAUGGCUUGCUGGCAUCUUAUAUUAUUUUUGUUAUAUUUUUCAAAAAGAACACACAUUACUUUGUAUGUAGAAAUGUCACUUUGAGUUUCAGAUGGGGAAAAUUUGUGAUAUGCUGCCCAGUGCAAAGCAGGCUACUGGUUUUUUUGGAAGGAAUGAAGAGAUUUCCACCCAGGAUAUUGCAAUACCAAAAAUAUAUGUGUAUCUUAGUGGAUUCUUCAUUUGUGGGAGUGCACUUUAAAAACCUGUGCCUAUAUGAAGGCAAAAAGAACAUCAAGAAUAUUUUUUUGCUGUGUCCAGUGAACUGAAUGAAGCAAGCUUUGGUGUUUGAAAUAAAGGACUAGAAGAAGCUAAUGUACUGCCUGUUUUCGGCUGAAUUUGCUAUAUGAUGUGGGACUCAACAUUCAUAUUGUUUUCAGCUUCAGCUUUCUUACCUUUUGAAAUCAAGAUAAGAGGAAUAAUAAAAGAUAACUCCCAGGUUUACAAUACAUGAAUGUUUCCUCCAGAUCUUGCAGGCAGUGAGCUAUAGAAGUGCAAAGCUCAUUAUUUUUACACUAAAGAGUCUUCUGCACCAACUAUAUUUGAAUUACUUUGUAAAAUUCCUACAGAUUUUUAGUACUCCAAGUCUGUUGUUGAGUGUAUUGUAUAAUUUAUAUUGCAUUUGGGUCACCAGUGUGCAAGCAAGAUAUAUUUGUUUAUGACAUUUGUAUGUUUAUUUGCAUCUAAAAAUUAAAUCGUACUGAUCUAUCAAAGCUGUUGUAAUCCAGCAUGACAGCCACCUGCCAAACAAUGAAUGCCUCAAGGAAUAAAAAGAUAGACCAUAGUGCAGCACAACUUUCAUUGUGCUUAACCAGGCUUAACUCUUUGCUGAAUUUAAAGUAGGAUCUAAGAACAAGGCAGAGAGAGGUAAUGCAGAGUAAAUAGAACUGUAGACAUGGAAAAUUCCUCUGUUGAUACCUCGUGUAGCACAGCAGGGAAACAAAAAGCACCUCUUUGUCAUUUUCAAAAUUCCCUUUUACUUCUGCUAUGGUAUAAGGAGAAUCUUUAUGACAGGCAUAAGACAGAAUUCCUCAGCAGGGCCUAUUUUUAGCUGCAGUACCAAAGUGUGUGCAAACCUUCCUCAGGGAAGACUUAGAAACUGGAAUUCCGAGAAAGUAUAGUGUGUACUGAUUUUAUUAUUGAUUAUCCCACACAUGCCACCAAAUCUUUCCAUGUAGCCUUACUGUAGCCUCUGUGCAAAAGUGAUCUAACAUCUUUGCCAACACAUUGAAAUAUAUUUCACACUGGUCUGCAGAAUAUUAAUGGGCCUGACUUUAAGUUCACAGAUCGUACAAUGCUAUGUGGUCAGCAUUGAAUAUGAAACCACUGCCACUUUUCUCACCUUUUCAUUUAAUAUUUUCCCUUUCUUGUGUUUACAAAAUGUUAAUUUGUAAAUAAAUAAAUAAAUAAUAAUAAUAAUAAAUUGAAAUUGCCAAUAUGUAUAUAUUUACAAAAAUAGUUUUAGAUAAGAAUGUAUAUAUUUUUUAAAAAUAUAUGAUUUUAACUUUCCCUGUGCCUCUUCUUAGUAAUGAUGGAGUUGGGCUUUUUGAAUUCAUUCUUUUGUGCAGUUCCUGCUCUGAACAGCUGGGAGUUCAGGGCAGCUUUUAUGACACGUGGUUUCCUUUGGAAGAGAGUAUUGGAGACUUAUGGUGUGGUUUGUUUUUCUUUUAAAACAAAUAUACAUCUUGACCAGGUUUUACAUGAUUACAGCAGAGGCAGAUGUAGAUUUAGUGUGGCUCUGUGCUCAACCUCAUUUUGGGGGCUGCCGCAGAACCAGCCCUCCCCCAGCUGGAUCCAAAUAAAGUGAGGUACCUACA